AUGGCCACCCUAAACUCCCUAAAGGAGGCAUUGAAGCAGAAAGCCACAGCAACGCCGUCCUCGAAACAGUCGUUGUCCGACACACAGUACAGCGCUGGCUUCGAUAUCUUGGCCCAGGGAUCAGAAUACCAAGACUUUAUUAUUCCUCAACUAUCCCAGCUGCUAGAUCCGCUCUUCAGCUCGCGGAUCCGUAUCUCGAUGCUAGAGAUUGGACCUGGCCCAAAGAGCGUGCUUGGAUUUCUGCCCCGGGGUCUAAGACAGAAGAUCAAGAGUUACGCUGCCUUCGAGCCUAACGACUUGACGCGGUGGCAGUAUCAUAUGUACGGCAUGAAGCCCAAGGACAAGUUCAUUGAACAGGCGCUGGACAUGCUUGUUGAGCAUCUGCAAGGCGGAAUGGUGGUGGUUUUCCAUCGCGAAGGGACCCUGCGUCUCAACGGAUUAGCAUACCAUCGAACAGCUUGUUUCCCUACUGGGAUUGUUCGCGUGAUGGAGGACGACGAAGUACUGGAUACCUUCGCUUCCUUCAUCGCGGGGUUUGUCAUGCAGGAUACAGGCGGACAAGGCGAUCCGAGUCGAGUGGCCUCUCCCAACGUCAUGUCGGCCUUUACCAAACAUGCGACCACGUUGCCGGAGUUGACGGCACGGGUGGCGUUGGUGAAAGAUAAGACGGUUAAGAACCGGGAGGCUCGCCUCCACGGCCCUGCUUCAAUUGUUAAGCCCACAGAGGUACGGCAUGUUCAGUACGGCCACUGCCUAUGGCCCAACGUCGUCUCGGUCGAUAUGAGCGCUUUUGACCAAAUACACAUUCUCUCGGCUGGGAAAGCUGGAGAGUCCAGUUCUGAAUCCGAUUCCUUGGUUAUCGUUGAGACCGGCUGCAAACCGGGGGAUAUCGUCCGCAAAACCAUGGCGGCUGGCCUAACCGUACCCCUGGGGGCCCGCCCAAGCGUAGGUGCCGGACUAUGGCUACAGGGCGGCAUUGGGCACCUGGCUAGGUUAUAUGGGCUCGCGUGCGACGCCAUCAUCGGUGCCGUGGUGGUCAGUGUCGACUCGAGCGAGGUCCUCUGCAUCGGCCAUGUACCAAGCCAACACCGCCCAACCGGUGCCGUGCGCCCAAAAAACGAACCUGAUCUAUUAUGGGCAAUGAAAGGUGCUGGGACCAACUUUGGCAUCGUAGUAAGUGUUACCUUCAAGGCGUACGUGGCUCCGGUCCACUUAGUUCGAAGCUGGGUUAUCCCGUUGAGUGACGACCUCGAGGCGCGUCGCAGACUGAGCGAUUUUGAUAAUCUCAUCGCCAGCAAGCUCCCACGCAACUGCCUUAUAUCUGAAACAUCCACGUCCACGCUCGCACCUGUGGACGCAGGCACAAUCUUCGGGAUCGAAGGCAAUUUCGAUAUUGUGGACAGCGUCGGUUUGUUCGAGGCCGAGAUGUACAUGUCCCAGAUGCACGGCGGACACGGCGGCUGCAAGACCUCUGCGUUCAAGCGAUGUUUAUUCUUAAAAGGUAUCGGAGCAGUGGAUGUCGCCAACACUUUAGCGACGGCCGUUAAGACUCGUCCUUCGCCAUUCUGCUAUGUCCAUCUGCUUCACGGUGGUGGAGCGGUCAGUGAUGUGGCGGCUGAUGCCACUGCUUUCGGUUGUCGAGACUGGGAUUUCGCCUGUGUGAUAACUGGUGUCUGGCUGUGCGAGCAAGACGGCAUCGAGAUCGCCCAAGCUGCCGAGCGGUGGGUAUACAACGUUGCCAGGGACUUGUUGCCCUUUAGCAGCGGGGUUUACAGCGCAGACCUUGGGCCGGAUCCCAGAGACGCCAUCCUGGCGGAAACGGCGUUUGGACCGAACUGGCCGCGCCUGGCCCGUCUCAAGCACUGUUCGGACCCGCAUAACGUACUGGCUUACGCCUGUCCACUCCCCAAAGCGCCGGUUAGGCAGAGGCUCAUCAUUCUUGUCACGGGUGACAGCUGCGCCGGCAAGGACUAUUGUGCCGAUAUCUGGGUCUCCACGUUCCUCGCUUACACCCAUAAAUCCCUCACGGCGCGUGUAGUCAGCAUUAGCGAUGGGACUAAACGAGAAUACGCGACGGCCACUGGUGCUGACUUGAGCCGUCUGCUCUCGGAUCGUGCCUACAAGGAGCAGCACCGGCCAGCAUUGACGGCAUUCUUCCAGGACCAGGUGCGCCAUCGACCUCGGCUGCCAGAGGAGCAUUUCCUGAGUGUAGUAGAUAGCGCUGCAGAUGUAGACGUGUUGCUAAUCACCGGGAUGCGAGAUGAGGCGCCGGUAGCAGCCUUUUCGCAUUUGGUGCUAGAUGUCAGACUGCUCGAAGUCCGCGUUCAAGUUACCGAAGAGACGCGGCGGGCUCGCGGAGGGUGCCACGGCGGCGAUGACGAUGGUAACAACAAGAACAACGAUAAUGGCGGGUCGAAUUUAACGGCCUUGGAGCACCGCCCCUGUCUCACCUUCCACAAUGACACGACCGGAGACAAGGCGGCCAAAAGGUUUGCCGAACACUAUCUGCUUCCCUUCUGCCACCAAGACCUGCAACGACUGGCCAACAUGGUGCGCCAGGUACCCGACUUUCCACGCCCGGGCAUCGAGUUCCGCAACGUGCUCGACAUUUCCCAGCAGCCAGGCGGGCUGACUCUGUGCACAUCUCUGCUACAGUCUCACUUUACCGGUGACUCGGCCAAAGUCGAUGUAAUGGCGUGUUGCGAGGUCGGCGGCUUCGUCUAUGCAUCGGCGCUAGCCUCACGGGUUGAUAUACCCUUGGCGUUGAUUCGCGAAGCCGGUAAGCUUCCCCCACCCACCCUUUCAGUCGUCAAAUCUCCAUCGAAUGUAUCGUCUUCAGCAUCCAACGGUUUGAAAGAGAAGAGCAUCGAGAUGGCUCGGGAUUUGAUCCCCGGGGGCGCGUCAGUGGUGGUGGUGGUAGACGAUGUGCUUGCCACGGGGAACACACUGUGUGCGGUACUGCAGCUCUUAGAUAAAGCUGGCAUCAGUGCGGAAGAUAUUAGCGUCAGGGUCGUGGCCGAAUUCCCUGUUCACCGUGGCCGGGACUUUUUGCGGUGGCGUGGCUUUGGGGGAGUCAAGAUUCAAAGCCUUUUGGUCUUUGAUGGUGCGUAG